GUACACACAUACACAUGUACGUACAUACAUACACACACACACACGUACAUUCACACAGACACAUGUAAACACACAAAGACACAUGUACAUACACACAGACAGACACAUGUACAGAUACGCACAUGUACAUACACACAGACACCACCACCCCCCAUAAAAAGUUGCAGUACUUCGUUGUUCACUCACAGAUCUGGGAACUGCACUCUAGGGGGAGGCAGAGAGCACAGCACACACUCCUUGCUUUGCUUUCACUGCGCUCAGCUAUUGAGCAGUCUGACGGCUCCCAGUGCCAAUGACAGAUCCGGCCUAAGCUCCGAGCCUGCUCAGCAAGACGUCCCUGGGGGAUACACUCGCCCCCACCAUAAUUUCCACUCGCCAUUGGUGAGCAGGCGAGUGGAAAUUUCAAGCCCUGGUAUAUACACUUGUAAG